GCUGCUGCCCUCAGUCAGUCGUCAACAUGCGCAGGUAGGACUGACUUCAUUGCCGUGGCUCCUUCUGCUCCCGAACUCUGACCUCUGCACCCUCAGCGCCGCGCCUGCGUCCGUCUGCUGUCACAGAGAAACAUGGCCUCUCACUGGCCCAGAAAGCAGCCUCGGCAUCUAUCGAUGUCAGCGCGCUCCAGCGUCUCCGUGGCUCUGCUGUCCUUCCUCCUCCUCGUCGUCGCUGCUCCAGCACUUGGACAGCUGGACCUCAACCGCCUGGACGGCGAUAGCGUCUGCCCAACAAUAAGAAGCGGACAAGAUGACCUUCCAGGUUUUGAUCUGAUCACUCAGUUCCAGCUGGACAUGAUCUCUCUGAAAGGCGUGAGGAAAGUGGACGGCUCCACUCCUCUACAGGUGGCCUAUCGCCUCGACAGGGAGGCCAACUUCCAAAUUCCAACCAUGCUCAACUUCCCUCGCGGCUUCCCCGACGAGUACUCCUUCAUGGUGACCUUUCGCAUGAUCAAGAACACCGUGAACAAGGUGUGGAACGUCUGGCAAAUAGUGGACGAAGACGGCAACAAACAAGCCGGACUGAGGCUGAACGGCGACCAGCAAGCUCUGGAGUACUUCCUCAUGGGCGCCGACGGCAACCUGCAGACCGUCACCUUCCCCGGACUCUCUGUGCUCUUCAACACCAGGUGGCACAAGGUGAUGAUCGGCGUGGAGUACGACAAGGUCACGCUGUACAUGGACUGCCAGCCUGUGGAUCAGAAACCCAUCAAGGGCAAAGGCCCCGUCAACACGGAGGGAGACACUCUCAUCGGCCGGCUGGACGCCGAUCCCGACGCCUCAGUUGUGUUUGAGCUUCAGUGGAUGCUGAUUCACUGCGACCCAAAGAGAGCGCAGAGAGAGAGCUGCAACGAGCUGCCUGCCACCGAGAUGUUUGCCAAUGCUGAGCCUGAAAAAUCAAUCCAAGGCCCCCCAGGAGUCCCUGGCCCAGAGGGCCCUCAAGGGGACCCUGGAGAGGAUGGCAGGGACGGAAGAGAUGGUCUUCCGGGGUCUCCUGGCAGCCCUGGUUCUCCAGGCAGCAAAGGCGAGCAGGGGGAGAUCGGUCUUCCCGGACAGAGAGGCCUGCCUGGUCUUCCAGGAGUUCCUGGAGCUGUUGGCCCGAUGGGUCCCCGCGGGCCUGUAGGAGAGAGAGGUCUUCCAGGUUUUCCAGGCCCUGCAGGUCCUGCUGGACCAGCGAGUGAAGGACCUGCUGGACCACCUGGAAAAGCAGGGAUCCCAGGAGACGAAGGAAACAUCGGGCCUGAGGGUCCACCUGGACCCAGAGGGACACCGGGCUCCUCGGGGCCAGCUGGACCACCUGGUCCCCCGGGGCCUGUGGGACCGCCUGGUGCCAGCAAUGAGGGAAGUGGGGACCCUUGUCCCGCUGCCUGUCCUGUUGGACCUCGGGGAAUUACCGGACAGCCGGGGAUGAAGGGUCACAAAGGUCUGCCCGGUGAACCGGGGAAAGACGGAGUGCCGGGAGAUAAGGGAGAGGAUGGAGCGAAAGGUGCUGAGGGACCACCGGGUCGCAUUGGAGAUGAUGGUCAACGAGGGCCCAUUGGUCUCACUGGAACCUCUGGAGAGAAGGGAGACAGAGGUCCUCCUGGUUUCAAUGGUGUCCCGGGUCCAACUGGACCACCUGGAGCUCCUGGCGCAGAGGGAAUCCGUGGACGUCAGGGUUUGGAGGGGGCGAAGGGCGACGAUGGAGCUGUGGGAGCACAGGGAGAGCAGGGACUCAAGGGGGAAAAGGGAGACGUGGGAGAGUCUGGCAAAAAUGGCAUGAAUGGACUUCCUGGAGUCGACGGUGUUAAGGGAGAAUCUGGAACGCCCGGAACCGUCGGCGUCAGAGGGAUUGUGGGUAUUCCCGGCCUGCCGGGGAAACCGGGCGUCGCAGGACCCGCUGGUACAAAGGGUGAUACUGGAGCCGAGGGAGCCAUGGGACCUGUGGGACUUCCUGGAAAGACUGGUGAGCCUGGAAAAGACGGAGAAGACGGAAAACAAGGAAACAAAGGAGCAACGGGAGGAACAGGAAAACAGGGUCCAGUGGGGGCUGCGGGUCCUCCGGGCAUCCAGGGUGACAAAGGAGAAAAAGGUCACACUGGUGAGAGAGGAAUCAAGGGUCAUACUGGACACAAAGGAGAUCUGGGACCCGAGGGACCUGAGGGAGUGAAGGGAAACCAGGGAGACCCGGGUGUCGCCGGAGAUCCCGGGGUGAAGGGAGACCAGGGCCCUCCUGGAAUACCUGGAAUCAGAGGAGAGCGUGGGGACAAGGGUCAAAGAGGAGCGGCGGGGAUCGACGGCAGACCAGGUCAGCCGGGCCACGAGGGUUUGGCCGGUCCGAUGGGAGCUCCAGGCCUGGAGGGAGAGCAAGGCCUUCCUGGAACCCCGGGUCCCAGAGGUUUACCUGGCCCCAAAGUGAGCGAUGACAAACUGCGGGAAAUGUGCUCAGCCGUGGUUGAAGAACAACUGGCCGAGUUUAAGAAAGAGAUGCUGAAGAGGCCAGCAGCGCUCGGUGCCCCUGGUACCCGUGGAGCAGCAGGACCUCCUGGACCCCCGGGACCAGCUGGAGAUGCGGGAGCACCAGGAUCUCCAGGGCUCAUGGGUCCUAAAGGGCCUCCUGGCUUCUAUGGACUUCCAGGUGCACAUGGAAAGAAGGGUGAGGCUGGGGAAAAGGGAGACAGGGGAGACAAGGGAGAGGAUGGCGUCGGAGUCAAAGGCAGCCCAGGCGCACCUGGUGCACCAGGUGCACCAGGCACUAACGGCGUUGGCAAAGACGGCAGAAAUGGAGAGCGGGGUGAGACAGGAAGCCCCGGUGUCCCAGGAACACCGGGCUCGCGGGGAUACACGGGGCCGCCCGGCCUCUGUGACCCGUCGACCUGCGCGGGCCGGAUUCCUCCUCUCUACAUGGUCAGUGGAAAGAAAUCCGCCGGCUACAAACACCAGUGAGACGCGCUGCAGAUCUCAUCCUGUCGUGACCGGAACAUUUAAAAGGGCUUUGCAGAAAUCGCGUUGUGGUGAUCGCUGGGAGUCCUCGCUCACAGUCUCCAAUCUGAAGCCACAGAUCUGAGAGACAAGACACAACUGUAGAAUACUGUAUAGAUGUUUUAACAGCUUUGAGAUGAUGGUGCAUGUUCAAAGACGUCAGCUACUGAUGCCACAGCAACGACGUCUUCCCCCCCGGUCAUGAGACGAGUCCUGCGGGUCCAUCACAGGCUCAGAUCCCGGCCUUUCUUCACCAGGACAAUAAGAACAUGCAGUAGAAACCGUUUUUACAAUCAUGAGCCACUUAGACAAAGUUAAACAAUGUUUUGACGACACAAAAAUGUUCACAUUUCUGUGAUGAUGACAUCUUUUCAGCGGAGAAUCACACACAUUUUUGUCUGAUUUCAUCCUUUUAAUAUUCUUUCCUCAUAUACUAUGAAAUAAAGUGAUAUGUUUUAGAUA